GGGCGUGGUUUGAUGUGCGACGUCACUGAUGGUUAUAUAGGCUGCAGCUGUGGCGGCGGUCUCGCGCUGCUGAGACAGGCAGAGCACCGAGGACCGGCGGCGCGCGCUCACAGACUCCCCCAAACAAAGAGAAGCACGCGAGGCUGCACAGCAUCCCACCCUUUCAGCCGCGAGCUCACUUGCAGAACCGCUCCUCCUCCCCUCUCCUCCUCCUCGUUCUUCUCUCAUCCCUCUCAGGACAGAACCGGUCCGAGGCUCGAGCGCACAGAAGCGACAAUGACAACUAACGGAGCGACGAACGGAACCAGCGACAUGCUGCAGAUCCAGUUCGGUCUCAUCAACUGCGGGAACAAAUACCUGACGGCGGAGACCUUCGGCUUCAAAAUCAACGCGUCCGCCACGUCCAUGAAGAAGAAGCAGAUCUGGACCCUGGAGCAGAGCGGCGAUGACUCCAGCGGGAACGUGUUCUUCCUCAAGUCACACCUGGGCCGGUACAUCGCCGCCGACAAGGACGGGAACGUCACCGGAGACAGCGAGACCCCGGGUCCGGAAUGCCGGUUUGUCAUCACCGCUCACGACGACGGCCGCUGGUCCCUGCAGUCCGAGCAGCACGGCCGCUACCUGGGCGGCACCGAGGACCGGAUCAUCUGCUUCGCCCAGACCGCCUCGGUGGCGGAGAAAUGGAGCGUGCACAUCGCCAUGCACCCGCAGGUGAACAUCUUCAGCGUGACGCGCAAGCGGUACGCGCACCUGAGCGACAAGGUGGACGAGAUCGCCAUCGACCGGGAUGUCCCGUGGGGAGUGGACUCCAUGAUCACGCUCGUGUUCCGAGAUCAGCGGUACCACCUCCAGACGUCCGACAACCGCUUCCUGAGGAACGACGGCGCGCUGGUCGCCACGACGGACAAGAGCACCGGCUACACGCUGGAGUUCCGCUCCGGUAAGGUGGCCUUCAGGGACUGCAGCGGCAGGUACCUCGCGCCCUCCGGGCCCUCCGGUACCAUGAAGUCCGGCAAGAGCGCGCGCGUGGGCAAGGACGAGAUGUUCGUGCUGGAGCAGAGCCACCCGCAGGUCGUGCUCACCGCAGCCAACGAGAGGAACGUCUCCACCCGGCAAGGUAUGGACCUGUCAGCCAAUCAGGAUGAAGAAAGUGACCAAGAGGUAUUCCAGAUGGAGAUCUGCCGUGAAAACAGGAAGUGCGCAUUCCGGACUGCCGCUGGGAAAUACUGGACCCUGACGGCUAACGGCGGCCUGCAGUGCACGGCCUCCACUAAAUCAGCUAAUUGCUACUUUGACAUUGAGUGGCGUGGGAAGAGGCUGACGUUCCGAGCUGCUAAUGGGAAAUACGUCGCCGCCAAGAAAAACGGCCAGUUGGCGGCCACCAUCGACAGUGCAGGUGAGUCUGAGGAGUUCAUCAUGAAGCUGAUCAACCGCCCGAUCAUCGUGCUGCGCGGGGAGCACGGCUUCAUCGGUUGCAGGAAGGUGACCGGGACGCUGGACUCCAACCGCUCCUCCUAUGACUACUUUACUCUGGAGUUCAGAGAUGGAGCGUACAGCCUGCAAGACUCUACAGGUAAAUACUGGAUGGUGGGGAACGAGCAGUCGGUGGUGAGCAGCAGCGACACGCCCGUCGACUUCCUCUUUGAGUUCUGCGACUACAACAAGCUGGCCAUCUGCCACGCCGCUGACGGGAAAUACCUGCGCGGCGACCAUGCCGGCGUGCUGAAGGCCAACGCCGACGACCUUGAGACCGCCACACUGUGGGAGUACUGAGGGGGACGCGGAGGGGGAAAACCCGCGGCGAACGGGGAUGUGGUCGCCUGCCGCCGUGAUGCCGGAGGAGGGAAACGAGAGCACGGCGGCGGCUCGACGACACCACCCGUCCACACAUAUAUGGUGUCCUCACCCCCCCUCCCCUCCUCCCUCCCCUCUUGCUCCUCAGUAUAUCCUGUACUUAUAACUUUAUAUGUUGAUGAACUGCACAGAGAGAACAGGAAGGUUAGAAGAAGGAAAGAAGGAGACGCUCCUUUUUCCUUUCCUUUUAUCCUUCCUCUCUUUUUUCCAGCUCUGCUCUGCAGUGCCGACCUUUAUCUGUUGCCAUAGUUACCACGGGGCUGUGCACUUUUCUUCUGCUCCAAUCUGGUUUGCUGCUCGACCCAUCCCCACCCCCCCAUCCUCCGCCACUCACUCCGUCCUCGCCUUACGAUUGGGCUGUUUCUCCCCCCCAGAGCAGAGCAGAGCCACGUUUAAAGAGCCCCCUCCUCUCUGAGUGAACCCCCUCGUCUUUCCACUCGUCUCUAUUGUUUGUGUGAGCGGCACACGGUGGCAGUAUUUAUGGUGUCUGAGCUGAUCUGGUAGAGUCCUUUUUCUACUUGAUCUGAUCUCUGAAAACAGACUCAAACCUCAUUGCUGUGUCCUGUCAGGUGGCUGUAAGAUAGGAAGGAGGAGGUCUGUUUCUCUGAUGGUUGGCUCUUGUAGAAACUGGUUUUCUCACCAGGCUGUUUUCUUUUUUCUUAAUUUCCUUUUCUCUCUCAUGAGCGGGCCUCGUGCGCCUGUGAUGACUGUGAUACAACUGGAGUGGAUCUGCUGAUGAUAAAGAUGUUGAAGAUGUUCUGAUCGAAGGGUUCAGUCUCGCCCGUUUUUCAUCUCAAGUGUAGGAAAUGUCCAAACAGUUUCCCGUGUAGUUCCUCUAGCUGUUUCCUCAUUGGUUUUGGCAGGAAGUCUGAUUUCCUAGACCAAACGAUGGGAAGUAGGAAGUUGAUCGCUAAUACAAUUGUCACAAGAAUAGUGUAAAGAAACUAAGUGAAGCAUUAAAAAUGAUGGGCCACGUGUGGUAUGUGUAAUGGAGGAGGAAAAAAGUCUGAAACACAGUUGGAUUCAUUUCUUUUUCCAUGUCCGAGGCACAGACAUUAUCAUGGGUAAGUGUACAGUAGGUAGUCCUAAAAAAUAAAAACUGGAGUAAAAUGAUUUAUAAACUCUUUGAAAGCUGCUUUUUCGAUUCCCUCGACUUGGCGCACGCCUCAGCCUUUACAUGUAGACCAAACCUUUGAUACUGGAACCGACAAAAACUGGAACCUGGUGCUACUAACAACGUCCCGUUGAGCAUCUCGCACACCGUCCAGGGACGGUUUUCCUACUGCCUGUCCACCUCUACACCCAUUCCCCAUUCCCUAAAUCUGCUGCUUCUUUUCGGUCCGAGCAGCGCCAUGACCGCAUUUACAGCGACGUCUCCAUUUCUGUUUGCGUUGGAUUUUUUUUUCUUAUGUCUGAACUGUUGGUGAAAGUUCAGUAGAGACUUGUUUUAAAAGGAGGAAAGAAGUAGUUUGGUUUCGCGUUUGAUUACAAGUGGUCUGUAAUGCAGUCAUGUAGCACGCUGCACCCACGGGUCCUCCCCCACCUCUUCGAUUCUUGACCCUUCAGCAGUCUGCAUUCAUACUAACAGAAGCAGAAAGUUUCUAUCUGCUGCUUUUUUUUUUCUUUUUCUUUUUUAACGAUCCAGCAAAGAUGAUCUUGGCACGUGCACCCCCGCCCCCACCUGAAUUAUUGGGCUCUUCCACCCAUCAUCAUCCAGCAUUCCUCUGAUCUGAAGGUCAGUAUGGAAAACCAAUCACUGCUUAGCCCACGUCCAACUUUCUGAAGGUUUUUAUUUUUUUUAAUUUUUUGGCAUGAAUGGUUGAGAAUCUCGAGUGAAUAAAAGGAGCAGUUGUCCUCGGAGAAACCAGCUUCUCCAAGGUAACCAAGACAUGGGCUUAGACAAACGGAUGUGGAAGGGUAAACAUGUGGUAAUGACUGUGCCUUACUCUUGAGUUUUCGGGCAGUAGACAAAUUAGAAAAAAAGAGUCCACAUCUUUGCUUUGUAUAACUGGAACUUCCUUUUGUAUUAUUUUGUAUAAUUUUUCUUUGAUAUUUGUGGAUUAAUCUUUCUCUCUCUCUCUCUCGUGCCAUUGGUUCACCUAAAAUCCAACGACCAAUAAAACUGGGAUUUGGAACGCUA